GUCGCCACAGAUGCCUUAUUUAGCUAACCUAGGUUAGCCAGCUAGCUUACGCUACUUAAACUAAACGGAUAAGUAACCAAACUAGCUAGUUAGCUAUUUGGUUUGCUGCGUUAAUUUACUGAUAAAUGAACACCAUGCUGUUAUUUUAAAAUUAAGUCAGGCAGUAUACAUUUCCGACUUGUUUGCAAGGUUGAAGGAUGUCUGUAACGGUAGCUGACGAGACUGCUGGCGACAUCCCUGUGAGAGACAUCACUUUAAACCUUAACGGAGCAAGUAUGCCAGUUUUAGAGAAAGAGUCACUACUUUCCAAAAAUGCCCGAGCCAGACAAGCUGUGGCCAAGGUCAGCAGAGAUGAACUUGAGGACCGAUACCUGCGUUUGCAGGAGGAACACCUCCUACUCAAACAGCACACGCAUAAACAAGAGGACAAGAUUAAGAGGAUGGCCACCAAGCUUAUCCGCUUGGUAAAGGACCGUAAACGGGUGGAACAGGUGUCUUCAACAGGACGUAUAAUUGGGGGUCGUGAUGUCGAGAUGGAAGAGAUGAUUGAGGAGCUGCAAGAGAAAGUGCAGGAGCUGGAGAAACAAAAUGAGGGGCUCAAACAGCGCCUUCUUACAGCAAAACAGCAGCUUCAGACCCAGAGCCGUAGACCAACACCGUAUAGCCACAUCCAAUCUCGUAUCAACUCUGGCCUCCACAGAUUUAGGGAGGACUCACCAGCGUCACUUCAACAGCCACAAACACCAAGUGGAGCAGGAACCAGACAUGUAGAGGGGGAAAUGAGCAUCAGGCCACCACUGGGGCUCUUGCCUCGCUAUGGGCACAGUCUCCUGGAUGAGGCCCGUUCAGAGAUCCGCAAUAUGGAGAAUGUAAUAGAAAGCCAAAGGGCUCAGAUAGAAGAGAUGGAAAGAUCCACAGAGAUGUUGAGAGACCAGCUGAGUAGAAAAGAGAGAGAAUAUGAGGAGUCUGUCCUUCAUCUGAGAGAACAACAAACCAGUGGUCAAAGGUCAACCAUUAAGGAAAAUGUGGAGAUGAUAAAGCUACAGAAACAUCUGGCUGAGAAAGGAAAUGCAUUUACUGUCCUGGAGGGAAGAUUCUUUCACCUACAACAGAAUCAGAAGACCCUGAAGGCCAGUCAUGAGGCCGCAAUGGCUAAAGUGGAUGAGCUCACUGGGCAGCUGAAAGAAGAAAGACUGAGGGCUCUGGGCCUGGAGAGUCAGCUUCAUACUAAGACACUGGAGCAGAAGAGAGCAGACGAGAUGCUUGAGCGAAUUCAGGACUUGGAGAAGGAAAGAGACUUGCUCAAAGAGAACUGUGAUAAGUUAGUGAACAGUGCAUUUGACAUUAGUCAGGAACAGAAGUGGAAGACAAGAGAGCAGCAGCUCAAACUGCAAAUUGCCCAGUUGGAGAUGGCGCUGAAAUCUGACCUCACUGAUAAAAACCAGAUCCUGGAUAAGAUUAAAGCAGAGAGAGAUUUGAAUGAAAACUUGAUGCAAGAGAAUAAAGAACUUCAGCUUCGCUAUCUAGAUCAAAAGCAACAGUUAGAUGAAAUAAAAGACCGCAUGAAGUUCUUUAGCAAGGAAAGUGAAUUGGAUGCUGUUCAACUCAGUGAAGCAUUGAUGCUCAUAAAGGUGCGCAAAACCCAGAACAAGGGUGAUUUGGGUUUCUUGGAAAAGGUGGAAACGGAGGUCCACAUGGAUGUAGAGCACUCAAUGAAAGAACUACAGGCUAUUCAUGCUGAAACAGUCCAAGAGCUGGAGAAGACUAGAAACAUGCUUAUCAUCCAACACAAGAUCAAUAAAGACUACCAGGCAGAAGUUGAGGCAGUUACACGCAAGAUGGAUGAUCUGAAACUAGAGAAUGAACUUAAACAAGAGAAACUGGGUCAUCUUCUGGACAUGAGGGCUGCCAAGAUAAAGAAACUUGAAGCCCAACUGAAAGACAUUGCCUAUGGAACCAAGGCCCACAUCUUCCGACCUGACAUGACAGAUGACUGUGUGACUGACGAGUUUGAUGAAACGGUUCAUCUGGCCCGAGGAGAGAACCUUAUGGAGAUAUAUUUGGGCACAGCCCAGUUCAGUGUUGAAGCUCUGGAGAGCCUUGGUGACAAAGACCCAUCCACUUUCUGCACUUAUGCAUUUUAUGACUUUGAGCUGCAGUCCACAGCUGUGGUGCGGGGGCCCCAGCCAACCUACAACUUUACCUCUCAGUACCUUGUGAAGGUCGACGAUCUCUUCUUGCACUACCUCCACAGUAACUCCAUCACUGUGGAACUACAGCUGGCUGAGGGCUUGACUUUCCGCACAAUUGCUGCAGGUCAGAUGCAUCUGAUUGAAGUGUUGGAAGGGGAUGGAAAGGUUUUUGGCACACUUCAGUUGGUAGGGGUUAGUGGUGAAAUCCAAGUGUUUGGUACUCUGGACUACUGGCUCAGGCUGAGGGUUCCUAUGGAACAGGCCAUUCGUCUGUAUAAGGAGAGAGCUAAAGCACAGGGUUACCUUACUUCCAACCUCAGAGACCAGAGCCAGGCUCUGACUGGCCCUCCUUCCAGCUCAACAUUCAAGGAUGGAAACCUGAACGAACUCUACAUCACAGUACAUCACUGCAGUAAUCUUAAAUCCAGGGGUCCUCAUGGCCAGCCCAGCCCAUACGUCAUCUACAAACUCUAUGACUUCCCUGAUCAUGACACAAUGAUCAUUCCCUCCACGGAUGAGCCACAGUUUGAGGAUCAUGUAACCUUUCCCAUGGCAAUGAACUCUGACCUUGAUGUGUAUCUGAGAUCUGAGGCUUUGAUCCUGUAUGUGUUUGAUGAUCAGGACUUAGAGAAUCAGCUGUAUCUGGGGAAAGCCAAAGUGCCACUUAUAUCCUUGGCGCAUGAUAAGGCCAUUACUGGUACAUUUGAGCUGAUGGAUCCUGCUGGUCUUACCAGUGGCUACAUAGAUGUGACUCUCAAAUGGAAGUUCACAUACUUGCCUCCUUCUGGAUCAGCCAUGACUCCAGAGCAGGCUAAGUUCAUUGUCAAAGAGUCUCCCAUGAAAUUAGCAGUUGAGAAAGUUGGAAGUAGAAAUGGAGAUGAGGAGAGACAAAUUCUUCCUUUGCCACUUUCCACCCCUGAGACCCCAUUGCCGAAGCCAAGACUACAUACCUUAACUAAGGCAGCUACUAAAAAGGUUUCGUUUCUAGAUGUCACAGAGCUUAAAAAUCAAAUUGGUGAAACUACUCCUCCCAGUGGUAAUCAGGAAACAAAGCCCUCUGCAGUCUCAACCCUGAAGACUGUCAGAGUCGUUGAGGUGGGGCAGGCCUCUACAGGUACAGAGGAGGAGGAGGAUGACUCGCAUUUCUCAGAGGGCCAGGUGAUUGCAGUAAACUCUCAGUCUGUAUCUGAUGAUUCAGAGAUCUCUGAGGAACUACAAGAGCCAGAGGAAGACAUACAGCAAGACUCAGAUCUAAGUGAAUCGAUCCUCUCAGACAGCGAUGACUGCAUUGUGCCUGCUCAGAACACCCAGAGCAGGAAACAACCAUCUGAGCGGAUACGUGUGGAGAUUGUGUCUCUGAGUCUCAAGCCAGACUGCAGGGUCUCAGUGGACUCUAGUGUGGUCAGGCUGUUUGUGGAGCAUUGUUUCCUGGACUUGCCUUCAGUGGAGACUCCACUGUCAUUGCCAAAACCACUGCCUGGACACAGCAUCUACUACAACUACAGCAAUGUGAUCCAUGUUGAUGUGGAGAAUAACCAGGCCAGGCGCAACACCCUUAGAGCAGUCCUGGAAGGCAGGAGCAGAAAUCUAGAAAAUAUCAGAUUUACAGUGGUGAGUGAUCCACCGGAGGAGGAGGAGCAGGAGAAGGAGUGUGAGGAUGUGGGUGUGGCCUAUCUUCACUUCCCUGACAUUCUGAAAAAGCAGAAAGACAUGACAGACGUCAGCUUGGAUAUUGUGGAUGUGCAGGACAGCAGUGAAGUGGUAGGCAGCCUGAAGGUGACUGUAGAGGCUCUGGAGGCCUUGAGAUCCAUUAUGGAGGAUCCACACCAUGACCACUCCUUCUCUGCUCUCAGAUGAACUCCAGUUCAGCAGCUACUUAAAUAUAGAGAUAUGUGUACAGCCUGUAGUAGAUACAAACAGUAGGAUUUCUUUAUACUAUGAGGUCAAGGUGAAGAAGCAAUGAGCAACGGACACAUUUUGAAUGGCAAUGGAAAACAAAAAAUUGGUUAUCAAAAUUCUUUCUAGGUAAAUCAGCCUCCACACUUCAAACUGGGGUGCUGUCUGAGAAUUACAAGUGUAUGUUCUCUCUGCUUUAAAAAAAAAAAAAUCAGACAUGAUUUUAUAAAUUGAAAGCUAUUUGUUGACACAUUUAGGUGGAUUUUCAUUUUUAAUCCAGUAAGGGAACAAAUACUGUUGUGCUCUGCCUUUUUGCCAAGGCAGACAAUAAGACCACAAUGUGUUGGUUUUUUUUUUUGGUUUUUUUUUUCAUUUUCUUUGAAAUCAGAAGAAAAAGUUAAUAAAAACGUGUGGCAAAUUCCCUUUCAAAUGAACAGCAUGACAAAGCUUUGAUUACUGCGCUUGCAUGGUACCCAGUGUGACGUGCUUUAGGAUGGGAAUAUUUCUCUGUGGCUGCCUCCCUGGGUCUAAGCCUCUAGUGCUCAGUUUGACGUAGUGAUGAUGUUUGGCGCUUUAAUAACUGCUUAAUGAAAGGCCUGUUAAGCCUCAUUAGUCGCUGUGUGCCACACGGUUGCUUUUAUACCGAACAUGUGGGAUGGAAUCUAACUGAAUUUAAUGGGAUUUAAUCCAUCUCUUUAAAAUGGUAAUGCCCAUUUUCACGCACGUUGACUCGCGGUGUUCAUGCUCUCUUUGCUGGGCACGGGCUCUAGCUGUCUAAUACAGAGCAUGAAGUGGAUUCUCCUGGUCUGAAUGCCUUUGGUACAUGACAUUUCUAGCCCACACUGAGGCAUUUAGUGACUGAGGUUUAGUUAAGAGAAUAGCAUAUUUUUUUAGACAGAAAUAGUUUAUGUUCAUCAUAUUUAUUUAAAACGGUUUUCCUAAGGGCACUACAAACUACAACAUUGCUUCAGCCAGAAACGUUUGUAUUUAGAAAUGCAUUUGAUGUUUAUUAUGUUUGAAUAUUGCAUUUUGAUUAAAGACAUUCUGUGUUGCA